UCAAAUUCCACACCAUUCCGCACUGAUCAUCACACCUCCAUCUCAGUCCUUUUCCUCCCUUCCUCUUUCGUCAACCGUUUCUACACAUUCAACACGCAAGGAAUUCCUGAAAACCUCUUUCAGUUGAUUAUAUCCGUUGAUUAUAUCCUCUUGUUCACACUGAGAGCAUCCUUUUCUCACUUUUCAAUUUGUCAAAUUCAUUUUUACUGCGACAUCGCUUCGCGUUUACUGCGAGCUCACCACCCCCCGACUCCCACUUCACUUCGCCCUAUCUCCUACACUCCACUUUCUCAUCAUGGAACACAAUCACACCCGUCAGUCGUCUUACGAGGGUCGCCUCCAUCUGGAUGGCAUCUACAAUCCUGAUUGCAUCAUGAAGGAAAACGUCUCUAUGAUCGAGGCUCACAGUUAUCAAUUCGCAGCCCGGUACUUCAGCGGCCAAGCCACCAUGGCUCGUCUCCAGCACGAGGCAGCCGAAGAACGUCGCCUCAACGAAGAACAUCGUCUUGUCAAUGUCGAUACGAACCCUCGCGGCACCUUCGGACCCAAGAUCCUCUACGCCGUCGCCUUCAAGUGCGACCGCAUCGACGUCUACCACGUUCCGGAAUCCGUGGGCCUGCGACCCAAAGUGGGCGACAUGGUGAUCGUCGACGGCGACCGCGGAACGGAUCUCGGCUGCGUCACCGCCGCCGGGAUUUCCGUCGAAGAAGCGAAGGUGGUGAAGGAGAAGUCCACGCAGAACCACAUCCGCUGGUCCUCGGCUGCAAGAUCUCUGAACUCGAACUCCGACCCAAGCUCAUUCGCCGCAUCGCCAACGCGCAUGAGAUCACCCAGCUGCAAGAGAAGGAAGGCAUGGAAGCCAAGUCCCGCCGCGUCUGCCAGACCAAGGUCGAUGAGUAUGGUCUCGAAAUGGAGGUGCUCGAUUGCGAGUUUCAAGCGUACGUCCCCCAUUCCCUUGAUCCCUCUCCUCAAGCACAUCUCAUCUUCUCCCUCUCCCGGAAUUUCGCCGCGCUUUGCCCGACCUCUCGCCCAUUGGCCUGGUGUGUUGCCUGCCACACUUCACUUGCACCAGUCACUAGGGCUGGACACGAAUAAGGAUUUUGGCUAUUCGUAUUCGACUUUUCCCUGGGAACGAUUAUUCGUAUUCGACUAAAUUUCGAGACGUUUUAUUCGUAUUAUUCGCGAAUAUUCGUAAAUAAUGCCAAGACUUAUUCGGCAAAAGC